GCUCGCUGUCAGCCCGCCACAGUUACGUGUUGCUUCAAGUCCCAGAGGACCGAGUCUUCUCUUGACAAACAUCCGCACGGAACCGGCAGAACAGCACACGGAUAUAUAGAGGCAACCUGGAGGACGGCAGAGGAUAAAAAAAAAUAAGUUUAGUCCAAGUUUCCAAGAGGAUUUCAUGUGCAAGAGAAUUUAGUUUGGACGACAAACGACCAUGGUCAACAUCUCUAGAACGAGAAAGGUGUAAGAAAAAAAGAAAAGAGAGAAAACUUCUCCAUCAUCUCGCGUGUUUUCUCUGUUUGGAUAUAUCUGCCCCCCCUUCGUAAAAAAAACAAAAUAAAUCGACUAGCAUAACAAGACAGAGAUGGAUGUAGCGGCUGAUCAGCCCCGCUGGAUGCACCCCCACGCCAUGCUAAACGGACAGCACCCGGACUCGCACCAUCACAGCCUAGGCCACAACUACAUGGAGCCCUCGGCACAGCUGCUGCCCCCGGACGAGGUGGACGUCUUCUUUAACCACCUGGACUCUCAAGGAAACCCGUACUACCACAACCCUGCCAGGGCCAGAGUGUCGUACAGCCAGGCUCACGCUCGCCUGACGGGCACUCAAGUGUGCCGGCCUCAUCUCAUCCACAGCCCGGGCAUCUCAUGGCUGGAGGGCGGCAAAGCGGCUCUGUCAGCCCACCACCACCACCACAACGCGUGGGCCGUGAGCCCCUUCAGCAAGCCCAGUCUCCACCACCCGGGCUCCGCUUCCCCCGGAGGCCUGUCGGCAGUCUACCCGUGCAGCGGCACCUCAAACGCGGCCUCCGCGCCUUCCCUCACGCCGCCGUCCCAUUCGAGCCCGCACCUGUACACCUUCCCCCCGACGCCGCCGAAGGAUGUCUCACCAGACCCCGCGGCGGCCUCGCCGAGCACGGACGAGAAGGAAUCUAUUAAAUAUCACGUUUCGCUGUCCGAGGGGAUGAAGAUGGAGGGUUCGAGCCCGAUGAGAAGCAGCCUGGCCUCCAUGGGAGCUCACAGCGCGUCCACCCACCACCCCAUACCGACGUAUCCCACCUACUCGCUGCCUUCGGCCCACGAGUACGGCGGCAGUCUGUUCCACCCGGGCAGCCUGCCUGCCAGCUUCAUCCCCAAGAGCAAAGGCAAGACUCGGUCCUGCACCGAGGGCAGAGAGUGUGUGAACUGCGGCGCCACAUCCACGCCUCUGUGGAGACGUGACAGCACCGGACACUACCUGUGCAACGCUUGCGGGCUGUACCACAAGAUGAACGGCCAGAACCGACCACUCAUCAAACCUAAACGCAGACUGUCGGCAGCCAGACGAGCAGGCACCUGUUGUGCUAACUGUCAGACGACCACCACAACGCUCUGGCGACGCAACGCUAAUGGAGACCCGGUGUGCAACGCCUGCGGCCUCUAUUACAAACUGCAUAAUGUGAACCGACCCCUGACCAUGAAAAAAGAGGGAAUACAAACGAGAAACAGGAAAAUGUCCAGCAAGACCAAAAAAAUGAAGCGGGCCAGUGACAGCUAUGAGGAAUAUACCAAAAGUCUUCAUGACAAGAACUCUACCUUCAGCUCCCUGGCAGGACACAUGUCCAUGGGCCACUUGCCGCCUUUCAGCCAUGCCGGACAUAUGCUGCCCACUCCCACCCCAAUACACCCGUCCUUUGGCCACCCGCACCACUCCAACAUGGUGACGGCCAUGGGCUAGACAACAUCACUAAGUAAAGACAUUUGUGGAUUUUUCUGAUUGAUUAUGCAAAUGGUAUGGACCAAACAAGGCCAGUCUAUAGGUACCUAAUUCUUAAUGGAAAAAGACUGGUUGACCUGGACCUGUGGGCACUAAACACACACAAUGAUAUCGUUGCACCUGAAGGUUUUAGUCCAACAGACCUGACAGCAUGACUGCAUUGUGGUUUAUUUUGCGCUGGCACGUUUUUCCUACCUGUGAAUAUUGUAUAGAAGGGGACAAACUCAAUCCCCCUCACCAUCCAAUGAAAAUAUGCUGGAUUUUUUUUUCCCCUCACAAAAAUGUAAAAAGAAAAAAAAAAACAGCUUUAUGAUUUCUAAUUUGAGACUGUUAAUUGUAAUUAUUGUUAUUCAGAUAAUUUAUUUUCCACUGCUUUAUCACCUUGAUCAUAAUACAAAUACUGUUGUCCCACUUAGGACAAUACAGUAUUUUUGAGCUAAAACCGCUUUCUUCUGACCUGCUCAUCAUUUAUACUCAUACGAAAUAAAGAGAUCACGUUCACACGAUCACGUCCGCUCCUUCUGCCCCGCACUCACACUGCAGGAAAUCAUCGUACAUGAAAGUGUGAUUUUCUAUGGCAGGGGUGUCAAACUCAAUAACACAGGGGGCCAAAACCUAAAGCCGACUUCAAGAGGUUGCGGGCCGAACAAGACCACCGUCUGGAUGGAGUUGUUGAAAAUAACCAUGUUCGUGACGGUUCAUUCCAGCUUGAAAUGUCUACUUUCCGAUCGUCACCAGGGCCGUCAAUGUGUCCUGACUGCUUAUUGGAUGAGAAAAAGGGGGCGGGAGACGACUGCGGAUAUACGGCUAUGGCUGUUUUGGCGUGGUUUUUGGUUUCAAUAAAGUGAUUUUGAUGGAGCACCUCAUCGUCAUUCUCUCAACGUCUGGGCAAACGUGACAGUAUUUUACAUCAACCGGACUAUGCGUUUUUCAGCAUGCUUCAUUGUAGAUAAAAUGACUGAGGCAAGUUAGGCCUGCACUUCUUUGGAUGUUGUUGUGGGGUCUUUUGUGACCUCUUGGAUGAGUCAUCCCUGCGCUCUUGGGGUCAUUUUGGUUGGCCGGCCACUCCUGGUAAGGUUCAUCACUGUUCCACUUUUUGGUCAUUUGUGGAUAAUGGCUCUCACCGUGGUUUGCUGGAGUCCCAAAGCUUUAGAAAUGGUUUUAUAACCUUUUCAACACUGAAAGACCUCAAUUCAUCUCAGUUAUGUUUUAACGGGGGUGGCAAUCACUUUUUCCACACAGUGCCAUGUAGGUUUGGAUUUUUUUUCAUCCCUUAAUAAUAAAAAAAAUCAUUUAAAAACUGUAUUUGGUGUUCGGUUAUGUUGUCAUUGACUAAUAUUCAAAUUUGAUGAUCUGAAACAAAAAAAAAAAAGAAAUCAGGAUGGAGGCAAACACUUUUUCACACCACUGUGAAUGUGUGAAAUAUGCCCAUUUUUACUGUAUUUUAUUAACAAAAAUAUAUAUGAACAAAAAGAUAUGUGACAAGACACAAUUAUAUUUGUAUGUAUUCACAGCUCCAAAUGAACUGAAAAUUUAACUCCUGCUAAAAGUCUGAAAAGUCAUUAGUCACUAGCCUCUUUAAUCGUAGCAUAACAUUUGAUAAACACUUUAACCAUGAGCCUUGAAGAGUUGCUUUAAAAGACAAAGAGUGUAGAUGUAUUUUCUGGGAUUUCCGAGCAUACUUAAAUGCAUCAAAUUGUACUUCCGCAGUAAGAGUUAGAUGUUGUGAUUUUCGGAAUGUCCGUGAAUGUGUCUCACGGUUGUCUCGUGACAAUGAGGGAGGACUAGAGACAUGUUUGUGAGUUGGAGACAUACAUAUGGUGUUGGAAUUACACUGCUGUUGACGUGUUCGGGUCAGAAUAAAGUUAUAAAAGAGAGUAACACUCUGUGUUACCCCACUAUGCUACCACUAAUAACAGCAAACGCAAAUUUUUUUUUUUACGUAAUUAACUAAAUAAAUUAGUUACUGCCAUUAACGGCUAUUUUUGACAGCCCUAAUAGUUAUACAUUAAAAAUAUACAUAACAUUUGCAGUUGCACAAAGUAGCACUGGAGACUGUGUGUGUGUGUGUGUGUGUGUGUGUGUGUGUGUGUGUGUUGAGCCUGUGUUGUUCAAAAUAGUCUUCUUA